AUGUCACGUAAAAGUUACUGUGACUUGUCGAGGUGGGGGCAGAUGAAGCGUCUCAAAAAAGAGGUAGCUACUGAUGCCCAAAGGAAAGUUACAGAAAAAUUGCAAGAGGAUAGUUUUGGUGCUUGUGUUUCUGGUAUUAAAAACACUGAAAUUUGUGACAAAGGUUAUGGAGGGUCUAAUAAUAGUAGUUUUGCACCACUUUCUCAAGAAUCUGUUCUUGAAGAAGAAAAUGAAUGGCCUCCAGUUGAGGAUGAUUCUGAUGAUGAUUCAUCCCCCAAUCUAACAGAAAACUCAUAUAGUGAUGCAAUUCACUAUCUCCGUAUGGCGGAAGAUACAUCAUCUUUAGAAACAGAAGACGAGGAUAGGCCUCGGAAAAAAAUUCGAAGCCGCAAAUUCGCUUACAGCUCCGAGGAAGAAAACAGUGAAACUUUUUCGCCUCCCAAAAAACCUGCAGGAAAAAAGGUAGAGGUGGAUCAAUAUCCACCUCCAUACAAUUUUGAAAACUUGCCAACGUCACCCCAAGCAGCAUCACAACGUAUUUUGUCUGUUUCCGAUUCGAGGAGAGAAAAAGCUGUAUUGCCUUCGCCCGACAUCAGCUGUCAUCGAGAAUCCUGCUCAAGUCGAAGUACUGACUUUGGAAAGAUUGUUGCAUGGAUGGGAGACGUGUCAGAGAAAAUACUGACCCUCAAUGAUCUGCUAAGAACUGUGCUACAGAACCAGGAAGAAUUAAAAAAUUUAGCCAAAAACAAGAUUGAAAGAGAGCUAGAUUGUGUGGAGAACUUUGAAAGAUUCCAGAGCUUGCCAUUGUGUACAGAUGAAGAAUUCAUCAAAUUAAAUGAAGAGAUGGCAAAAGACAAAGAGGUGUGGAAUUCAAUGGCAAAGGUUUUGAUAUCCGUUGGAGGAAAGGAUAUGAGAACCCACAUAAAUAAUAUGCUGAGACGGGUGUUGGCGGACGAAGUUGCAGAACUUUACUCCCUUAGUGGCAAAAGCCUCUCAAAAAAUGUAACGAAGAAGCAAUUUCUGACGACUGAAUUAACAAAGACAAUUUUUUAUGCUUGUCGCAGGGUGUACAAAGAUCAGGGAACAGACUCAGUAAUAAAGCUAGCAAUAGGAGACUGGCUCAACCAAGCCAAAGUCAGAAGAACCCGAAGGAUGCAAAGACAAGAACAAAAUGUAUCUGAAUUAUAAAAUGUAUACAAAUUGAAAGCUUUUUUUUUUUUUUUUUGUAAAAAUG